CCCCAGUGUGUCAGUCAGUGCUGAGCUGAGCUGAGCUGGGCUGGGUUCGUCCCCCUUGGCCUCACCCCGAGCCUUUCUUCCUCCUCUGACUUUCCCCACCGCCGACUCCAACUCCGGCGCCCGCCCCGCCGCGCCCCGACCCACAACCACCGGAAGCGCCCAGGGGAACAAACAAAUGCCAGCCACGACAACAGCAACAUUCCUCUAGCUAGACACUUCUUAGCCUCCCUCCAACUCAGUCUAAUAAAAUGGAGGGCUGUGACUGCAUUGAGCCCUUCUGGCCCACCGACGAGCUGCUCAUCAAGUACCAGUACAUCUCCGACUUCUUCAUCGCGCUCGCCUACUUCUCCAUCCCGCUCGAGCUCAUCUACUUCGUCAACAAGUCCUCCUUCUUCCCAUACCGCUGGGUGCUCAUCCAGUUCGGCGCCUUCAUCGUUCUCUGCGGCGCCACCCACCUCAUCAACCUCUGGACCUUCGCCACCCAUAGCAGGACCGUCGCCAUCGUCAUGACGGUUGCCAAGGUUGCCACCGCCGUCGUCUCAUGCGCCACUGCCCUCAUGCUCGUCCACAUCAUCCCGGACCUGCUCAGCGUCAAGACCAGGGAGCUAUUUCUCAAGAAGAAGGCAGACGAGCUUGACAGGGAGAUGGGGCUCAUUCGCACACAGGAGGAGACCGGCAGGCAUGUCAGGAUGCUCACCCAUGAGAUCAGGAGCACACUCGACAGGCACACCAUCCUCAAGACCACCCUGGUUGAGCUUGGCAGGACUCUGGGUCUGGAAGAGUGUGCAUUGUGGAUGCCGUCCCGUAGCGGUUCGAGCCUUCAGCUGUCGCAUACCCUACGCCACCAGAUCCCCGUUGGCUCGUCUGUGCAGAUCAAUCUUCCUGUUGUCAACCAGGUAUUCAGUAGCAACCGGGCCAUUAUUGUGCCACAUACAUCUCCUUUGGCAAGGAUCAGGCCUGUCCAAGGGCGAUAUGUCCCGCCGGAGGUGGCUGCUGUCAGAGUUCCCCUGCUGCAUCUUUCAAACUUCCAGAUAAAUGAUUGGCCCGAGCUCUCUGCGAAAAGCUAUGCCAUUAUGGUUCUAAUGCUCCCAUCUGAUAGUGCAAGGAAAUGGCAUGUUCAUGAGCUGGAGCUUGUCGAGGUCGUCGCUGAUCAGGUCGCUGUUGCCCUCUCACAUGCGGCUAUUCUCGAAGAGUCCAUGCGAGCACGUGAUCUACUCAUGGAGCAGAAUGUUGCCCUAGAUUCAGCCCGGCGAGAGGCUGAAAUGGCUAUCCGUGCCCGCAAUGAUUUCCUAGCUGUGAUGAACCAUGAGAUGCGAACCCCGAUGAACGCAAUAAUUGCCCUUUCCUCCUUACUACUAGAAACCGAACUCACCCCUGAGCAGCGCUUGAUGGUGGAAACUGUAUUGAAAAGCAGUAACCUUUUGGCGACACUCAUCAACGAUGUUCUAGAUCUUUCAAAACUUGAGGAUGGAAGCCUUGAGUUGGAGAUAAGUGCGUUCAAUCUCCAUGCAGUUUUCAAAGAGGUGAUGAGUUUCGUGAAACCGAUUGCAGCCAUAAAAAAACUCUCUGUGUCGGCUAUGUUAUCCCCUGACAUGCCCCUAUCUGCCAUUGGCGAUGAGAAGCGGCUGAUGCAAACCAUUCUAAACGUCUGUGGUAACGCUGUUAAGUUUACCAAGGAGGGCCACAUCUCGCUCCUAGCUUCCGUCGUGAAGUCUGAAUCUUUAAGAGAGUUCAGAAGCACUGAUUUUCAUCCGAUUGCCAGUGACGGUCAUUUCUAUGUAAAAGUUCAGGUUAAAGAUACCGGGUGUGGCAUUAGCCCUCAGGAUCUCUCGCAUGUGUUUACAAAGUUCGCGCACACUCAAAGCAGUGGAAACCAGGGGUACAACAAUGGCAGUGGUCUUGGGCUUGCGAUUUGCAAAAGAUUUGUGAGCCUUAUGGGCGGGCACAUAUGGCUGGAGAGCGAUGGCGCAGGUAAAGGUUGCACGGCGACAUUUAUCGUGAAGCUGGGUGUGUGUGACGCGUACCAGCAACCACCGGCGAUGCCCCUGGUGUGGCCGAGCCACGCCAACUCCGACCCUUCUGGCGGCCCAGCGGCAGCGGCGGCUCGCAGGGAAGAGAGGGGGAUGUCUAACCUGAAACCUAGGUACCAGAGGAGUGUAUGAUGGAUGAUAUCUCAACUGAUAGUCUAAUUUUGUGGGUAGCCGCCUUGUUGAGGGAGCUGGAAGGAAGCUGUACGCAAAAUGUAAAAAAGAAAAAGAUAAAAAGAGGGAGGCAGCGAUCUGAUCUGAUGGGUGUUAUCUGAUGUUGCUGUGCGAUUAAUAGUGCAUAGAGACUAGUAGGAGGGUAUCGUUGCAGGAACUGAUGAACCACAGUUACAUGAUAUGCUGCUGCUGGUCCGAUCUUGCAUGAGUGGGUGCAUAUUUCACACCCACGGUCAGUGUAGUUGUUCCUUUUCAUAGCCCUGCUUAAUAUGCACUGUCCAUGAAUUUGUGACUGAAGUGUAAAAUUCAGUAAAGAUGUUAUGCAUUGGGUUGGGACACUCCA